ACUUCCCACUAUUAUCCUUGACUGGCCCUAAUUUAACUUUCGUCAUUCUGUCAUUCUUUUAUUACUGAGUUCACAAAAUCAACAAUCUGCCUGUUUGUCUUUUGAUUAUGACAUGAACAGGCUGCUAUUGCUCACUGGUGGCAAAGUUCUUGGUAUUUAUCAAACAUGAUAGACAGAAACUCUUACACUUAUAAAGGAUACGCAUCAAUUGAGAAAUGGCUACAUGAAAUGUCUUGAGAUUAUUACUGAAGUUAUGAGAACUAAUACUGCUGAGAUGCAGUUCUACAGACAGAUCAAGUACCUUCACUUACAAGUCACCUGACCUGAAGCAGAGCCUCAAACAGAAGACCAGGUCUGUUGCCCAUCCUAUGCCUCAUCCUAUGCCUCAUCCUCUUCGAACAAGUGUCACUGCAAUGUGAGAAUUGGGAACACAAACUGAUUGGGCAUUUUCCUCUCACUAUCUCAGCAGUGCGGAAAUCAACUCAGCACAGUCUGGGAAUUAAAUUGGGAACUUUCCUGGCCUGAUCACUUGCAGGAGAAGAUCACUGCACUGUCUGCGAGUCAAGGGUUAGACUUUCUGAUGACCUGUUUCCUCUCCUGAGCUCAGUUGCAGUAUGUAAAUGAAUGAAUGAUCACUGUUGCAUUUAAUUAAAUAACCCUUUAAUUAAGAUAGUGCUAUUCUGAAGAAUUCUCAAUUAUGUAUGAAAAAUGAUUUGCUUUUUUCCUAGUACGAUAAAACUGCAAUUAUUGGAUCGGCAUCGUAUCGGAGAAGAUAUCCAGUUCCAAAGUUUAAUCACACCAUGAGGCAGAAAGUGGAGACAAGGAAUCUCCAUUGGACAGACAGGCUGAUACAACGUGGAUACCAGAUUCACAGCUUCACCCCUGAAGAAAGAUCAGAGGGAACAUUCCUUAUGAAAAUGAUCGAAUGGCCUAAACCCCCCAACUCUGCUGUGCCCUUUCAGAAAAGCAGCAACCCAGCAUACAGUCACUUUGUAAUUUUAAAUUCUGCAAAGACUUUCUAUGUGGGAGAUCAGCUACAAGUGAUGCUGCAGAUGUAUGAUUUUGAAGGUCACCCAAAGCAAUAUGGAGGUGACUAUCUCCAAGCUCGGAUCCACACCCCAGCUUUAAAAGCUGGUUCAGCAGGAACUGUUAUAGACAACCAAAAUGGAUUUUACUAUAUCAAUUUUAACUUAUCUUGGUCGGGGAAAGUUGAAGUUUCUGUUUUAUUAGUUCAUCCCAGUGAAGGGAUCCAAGCACUUAAAAGACUACGUGAGGAACAGCCAGAAAGAGUGUACUUAAAAAGUACCUUCAAAUAUCAGGGUGCUUCAGAGACCACUGUAUGUAAUCUAUAUUUGCCUCAAACUGAGCCACUCUGUAACUUUACUGAUCCCAGGACUGGGGAGCCCUGGUUCUGCUACAAACCAAAGAAGCUUCCCUGCUCUGCUCGUAUCAACCAUUUUAAAGGAGAUUAUGUGAAAAAGCUCUUAAUUGGAGAAGAGAACCAUUUUUUCCAAAG